GCAACGCCGAGGAGCCAUCGGCCGCGUUUGCCUGGCAGCCGAAGCAGCCGGCGGCGGCAGGAGGGGAUUGGUUACGCAUUGCGGCUGGAGAGAGAACCUGGAGCUGCUGCUUGGCGGGAGGGAGAAGCCGGCCGCCUGCUGCCGUUGCCAUUCCCUCGCGGGGGGGGGGGGCAGCAAAGGAAUCAGUGGCUCGGAGGAGUCUUCAGAUUCCCAGCCAGCCACUUUACUACUAUGGUAAUCUCAGUGCCACUCCGCCUAGAGAGGCCGGGAGCGCAAAGAGCCAAAGUGGGCGGAGUGUAAACCUCUCCGCUGUUGCUACCUAUUCAUUCAGUCAGUCACCUAAAAUGGCUGGAGAGAGGAGAAGGUGGAGGAGGCGGAGGAGGUGAGACGGCGGCAGCAGCCCCUCGGCCACCUCCCCACAGGACAGCGACGAGGGCUCCCGCCUCCUUCGCUGCACAACGGGAGCGCUUUGACCCAGCAAGGGUUUCGCGUUAUUAUUUGGAAGUUUAACCCUUCCCUUGCGCCUCCCGCUCCUCUUUUUAUUUUUUUAAUAAAUAAAUUAAAUGCUAUACUCCCUCUUUCGAGUCUGUGCCCCCAACCUUUGAGCCAUGUCGGCCGGCCAAGACGAGAGCGCUGUCAGGGUCGCUGUCAGAAUCAGACCUCAGCUAGCCAAAGAGAAGAUUGAAGGAUGCCAUAUCUGUACAUCUGUUACACCUGGAGAACCUCAAGUGUUCCUGGGAAAAGAUAAGGCCUUCACUUUUGAUUAUGUAUUUGAUAUUGAAUCCCAGCAAGAGGAAAUCUAUGUACAAUGCAUAGAAAAACUGAUUGAAGGCUGCUUUGAAGGAUACAAUGCUACUGUAUUUGCUUAUGGUCAGACAGGGGCCGGUAAAACAUAUACAAUGGGAACUGGAUUUGAUGUUAACAUAAUGGAAGAGGAGCAUGGCAUUAUAUCACGAGCUGUAAAGCACCUUUAUAGAUGUAUUGAAGGAAAGAAGCAUGCAGCUAUUAAACAAGGGCUUCCUCCUCCAGAAUUUAAAGUGAAUGCUCAAUUCUUAGAGCUUUACAAUGAAGAAGUACUUGAUCUCUUUGAUACAACACGUGAUAUUGAUUCAAAGAACAAAAAAUCAAAUAUCAAAAUCCAUGAAGAUUCAGCAGGAGGAAUAUAUACAGUGGGAGUCACAACACGGACUGUAAAUGCAGAAGCGGAGAUGAUGCAGUGUUUGAAGCUGGGUGCUUUAUCUCGAACCACUGCCAGCACUCAGAUGAAUGUUCAGAGCUCACGUUCACAUGCCAUCUUCACUAUCCACUUGUGUCAAACUAGAGUUUGCUCUCCGAUUGAUGCAGACAACACGGCAGAUAACAGAAUACUAUCGGAGUCAUCACAGCUAAAUGAGUUUGAAACCCUUACUGCUAAGUUUCAUUUUGUGGAUUUGGCAGGGUCUGAACGAUUAAAGCGUACAGGAGCCACUGGAGAAAGAGCAAAAGAAGGCAUUUCCAUCAAUUGUGGACUAUUGGCAUUGGGCAAUGUAAUAAGCGCAUUGGGAGAUAAGAGCAAGAAGGUGACUCACGUGCCAUACAGAGAUUCAAAAUUAACACGACUGUUGCAAGACUCCCUUGGAGGAAACAGUCAAACCGUCAUGAUAGCAUGUGUAAGCCCUUCAGAUAGAGAUUUCAUGGAAACUUUGAACACUUUAAAGUAUGCAAAUCGGGCACGAAAUAUCAAGAACAAGGUGAUGGUUAAUCAGGACAGGGCCAGCCAGCAAAUUAGUUCUCUGCGAAGUGAGAUUACUCGACUUCAGAUGGAACUCAUGGAGUACAAAUCGGGUAAAAGGAUAAUUGAUGAGGAAGGUGUGGAAAGUAUUAAUGACAUGUUUCAUGAAAAUGCCAUGCUGCAAACAGAAAAUAACAACCUGCGAGUCAGGGUAAAGGCCAUGCAAGAGACUAUUGACGCACUGAGAGCCCGAAUCACACAGCUUGUGAGUGAUCAGGCCAACCAGGUCCUUGCCAGAGCAGGAGAGGGUAAUGAAGAAAUCAGUAACAUGAUUCAUAACUACAUCAAGGAAAUUGAAGAUCUCAGAGCAAAACUACUGGAAAGUGAAGCAGUGAAUGAAAAUCUUCGGCGCAACUUGUCAAGAGCCUCAACAAGGUCAACAUACUUCGGUGGUCCCUCAGCAUUUUCUGCUUCAGUGCUUCCCGCUGAUAAAGAGACUAUUGAGAUUCUUGAUUUAGCUAAAAAAGACUUGGAAAAACUGAAGAAAAAAGAAAAGAAGAAGAAAAAGAGGCUGCAGAAACUUGAGGAAAGCAGUCAAGAAGAAAGAAGUGCUGUUAAAGAGGAGAACACAGACAAUGAACAGGAGAAGAGGGAUGAAAAGGGCAUUUCUGAAAGAGAGAAUCAUGAACUGGAAACAGAAGAAGGUCAGGAGCUUAGUGAUCAUGAAGAGGAAGAGGAAGAGGAAGAGGAAGAUGACGACGAUAUGGAAGUUGUUGAAAGCUCAGAUGAAUCAGAUUCAGAUUCUGAUGAAAAAGCAAAUUUUCAGGCAGACUUGGCAAACAUCACAUGUGAAAUUGCCAUAAAACAGAAGCUGAUAGAUGAAUUGGAGAACAGUCAACGAAGGCUUCAGACCUUGAAAAGGCAAUAUGAAGAGAAGCUAAUGAUGCUACAGCAUAAGAUUCGAGAUACUCAACUUGAAAGGGAUCAGGUGCUUCAAAACCUGGGCUCGGUGGAAUCCUGCUCAGAAGAAAAGGCAAAAAAGAUUAAAUCAGAAUAUGAAAAGAAGCUCCAGUCCAUGAAUAAAGAAAUGCAGAGGCUACAGGCUGCUCAGAAAGAACAUGCACGAUUGCUUAAAAAUCAAUCUCAGUAUGAAAAACAACUUAAAAAAUUGCAGCAGGAUGUGGCAGAGAUGAAGAAUACAAAGGUUCGCCUGAUGAAGCAAAUGAAAGAAGAACAAGAGAAAGCCAGGAUGAAUGAAUCUAGACGAAACAGAGAGAUCGCACAGCUUAAAAAGGAGCAGCGAAAACGAGAGCAUCAGCUAAAACUUCUAGAGGCUCAGAAGAGGAAUCAGGAAGUUAUUCUACGUCGCAGAACGGAAGAGGUUACAGCUCUUCGUCGACAAGCAAGACCUUUGUCUGAUAAAGUGGCUGGGAGGGUAAAUCGGAAGCUGAGUCUGCCUGAGCACUCUAACCAAGAACCAAAUUCUAGUGUGUCAUCAGUAGACAAUGAAGGAUCAAGAGCGGCAUCCCAACAGAAGAUGAGAAUACCAGUAGCAAGGGUCCAAGCAUUACCAGCAGCCACAACUAAUGGAACCAGGAAUAAGUAUCAAAGGAAAGUGAUGACUACAAGAGUUUAUACCUCCAAGGGAGCCAGAAUGAAGUGGCAGUUACUCGAACGCAGAGUAACUGAAAUCAUUAUGCAAAAAAUGACCAUAUCCAAUAUGGAGACUGAUAUGAAUAGACUACUUAAGCAACGUGAAGAACUUACCAAAAGAAAAGAGAAGCUUUCCAAAAGGAGGGAAAGAGUAAUCAAAGAAGGUGGCAUGGAUGCAGAUAAAAACAUUCACAAUAUCAAUGAAGAGAUGGAGUCACUGUCUGCAAAUAUAGAUUACAUCAAUGACAGUAUUUCUGAUUGCCAGGCAAACAUCAUGCAAAUGGAGGAAGCAAAGGAAGAAGGAGAGACUCUAGAUGUCACUGCAGUAAUCAAUGCCUGCACUCUAACAGAAGCUCGGUAUUUACUUGACCAUUUCCUCACAAUGGGCAUUAAUAAGGGUCUUCAAGCAGCUCAAAAGGAGGCUCAAAUUAAAGUUCUUGAAGGACGCCUUAAACAAACAGAAAUUACUAGUGCUACCCAAAACCAGCUCCUAUUUCACAUGUUGAAAGAGAAGGCAGAAUUGAAUCCAGAACUUGAUGCUCUGCUGGGCCAUGCUUUACAAGACCUAGAUAGCGUACCGUUGGAAAAUGUGGAAGAUAGUACUGAUGAAGAUGCUCCUUUGAACAGUCCUGGGGCGGAAGGAAGUUCUCUAUCUUCAGACCUCAUGAAGCUUUGUGGUGAAGUCAAGCCUAAAAACAAGGCACGCCGUCGGACAACAACCCAAAUGGAAUUGCUUUAUGCUGAUAGCAAUGACUUAACCUCUGAUGUCAAUACAGGAGACGCAGCUUUGGCUGGCCCUCUUGCAUCCGUUGUAGAAGCUCAGGAAGGUGCAAUGAACCUUGACAUGAAAGAAUCUGUUGCUAGGGAUAGGGAGGCCAUUGUCUCACAGACAGGCUUGCCUUCUAAGAUGGGCAGCAUGUCUAGACAGUCAUCUCUGACAGAAAAGAAAAUAUCAGAACCCUCGCCUUUAUCAAAGAGAAAAACCUAUGAGAAAUCUCCAGAUAAACCCACGUCAAAAGAACAAAAACACUCAGAUUCUGGAACCUCAGAGGCUAGUCUGUCACCUCCUUCCUCCCCACCAAGCCGGCCCCGUAAUGAACUGAAUGUUUUUAGCCGCCUUACUGUUUCUCAGGGAAACACAUCAGUUCAGCAGGAUAAGUCUGAUGAAAGUGAUUCCUCUCUGUUGGAGGUACACAGAGGCAUAAUCAACCCAUUCUCUUCUUCCAAAUGUGGCAGAUCUCCAAUUCAAUGUAUCCAUAUAGCUGAAGGUCAUACAAAGGCUGUACUUUGUGUUGAUUCUACAGAUGAUCUCCUCUUUACAGGAUCAAAAGAUCGCACUUGUAAAGUAUGGAAUUUGGUAACUGGACAGGAAAUAAUGUCGCUAGGUGGUCAUCCCAACAACGUUGUAUCUGUAAAAUAUUGUAACUAUACUAGCUUGGUCUUCACAGUCUCGACAUCUUAUAUUAAGGUGUGGGACAUCCGUGAUUCAGCUAAGUGUAUUCGGACACUAACGUCUUCAGGCCAAGCAAUGCCAGGUGACGCUUGUUCUGGAAGUACCAACAGAACAGUGACAAUUCCAGCUGGAGAAAACCAGAUCAAUCAGAUAGCGCUAAAUCCAACAGGCACUUUUCUAUAUGCAGCUGCAGGAAAUGCAGUUAGAAUGUGGGACCUAAAGAGAUUUCAGUCUACAGGAAAACUGACUGGUCACCUGGGUCCUGUUAUGUGCCUUACAGUAGACCGCAUUUCCAAUGGACAAGAUCUCAUAAUUACUGGCUCAAAGGACCACUAUAUAAAGAUGUUUGAUGUAACUGAAGGAGCUCUUGGAACAGUAAGCCCUACACACAACUUUGAACCACCUCAUUAUGAUGGCAUUGAAGCACUUACAAUCAUAGGAGACAACCUUUUUAGUGGAUCCAGAGAUAAUGGAAUUAAAAAGUGGGACUUGGCUCAAAAAGACCUCAUUCAGCAAGUUCCUAAUGCCCAUAAGGAUUGGGUUUGUGCUCUUGGAGUUGUGCCAGGUUCCCCUGUGCUUCUCAGUGGCUGCCGUGGAGGCAUUCUGAAGCUCUGGAAUGCAGAUACAUUUGCACCAGUAAGCGAACUGAAAGGACACGAUAGUCCCAUCAAUGCCAUCUGCACCAAUUCCAGCCAGAUUUUUACUACAUCAGAUGAUCGAACUGUGAGAAUCUGGAAAGCUCCCAACAACUUAGAUGGACAGAUCUCAGAUCCUGGUGAUGCAAGUGAAGAUGUUGCCAGUAAUUAAAACAAGAGCUGCAGUGCUAGACUUCUCAAGUUAUGAUGAUAUACUAUGCUCUUGCUGCAAGCCGCUUUGCAUUUAGUAGGCAUAUGCUAGUAGCUAGAGAACACUGCAAAAAAACUGGAAGAUACAGCUCAACUCUGCUUUUUAAGUGUGUUGUAUUCUGCUAACACUGCUGCCCUUAAGACUGCCUUGUGUACUGUAUUUAAAACAUUAGUCUGUUGGUGGUAUGCUUGUCUCACAUUUAAUGGCUGGUUUUGUGUGCCUAUAUAAGCCAUGUAAGUCAAACAAACGAAGUUUUUUACCUGGAAUGGUUGUCUCAAAAACUGUAGCCUAUAAUAUGAAAGUGCCCUGUGUACCUCACUCUCUGAUCCCUUCUGUCGAUCCAAACUUCACCUUAUGGUUGUAUGGAAUGUGAUGGCGUUAUCUAUAGUCUCAUUUCCCAAGCCUUUAAUGAAUGAGAAUGGGGGGGGGGUUCUAAAAAGUUUACUUACAUUUUGCUGCUGUAAGAAACAUUAAGACUGGAAAGAAAAGGAGAGUGGAAUCUUAGUUUGAGACAGAUUACUACCCUGACUAUGCCAUGCUAACAAUAAAUGCCAUAUGACCUGCAUUAAGAGUUAGCAUUUACUCUUGUUGACCAAAGUUGUGCAGCUAAGUCUACUUUGUGCUCAGGACUAGAACUAAAAUAACGUUUUAUUAGUGCUUUGCCUACCACAGUAUUCCUACAGAAAUAUCUUAAUCUAUUUUUCUUAUGGACCUGUUUGUCAUCUCACAUGUUCUGUUUUAUUUAAGAAAAAAACACGGUGUCCUUCCUUUUAACGUAUGUUGAUAUGCUGCUAAAUAUAUUUUAAAUAUGUUUGUGAACCUUGGCAGUUACUUAAAAUAACUGUACCAACUGUGUCAACAAAGGCUUUGUGUAAAUACAUGGGUUGUAAAGAAGACUUAUCUUGACAAUGUGCCUGUGUGAAUUUUUUAAAUGCUGUAGAUUUGAGUGUGGAUAUUGAGCGAGAAGGAUGUAUAAUUUAUCCAGCUUUUCAGGACAUUAAUUUGUAAAUUCAGCAAGUUUUAAAUGUUUACAAUAGAGUCAGGAACAGUGUUUUAUCGUUUUGUUGGGUUUGCUGGUAGUGCAUAUGAGCUUAUAAAUGUACAGCUUGUGGUAGUUGAUGCUUAAAUUAAAAAACACACAAUUAAA